UCUGUAAUGCUUUGACCUUUCUGGGCCUAGUCCAUAUUUUAAGCCCAUAAUAAUUUCAAAUGCUAAAGCCCAUGAUAUAAAAUAAAUUUAUUUACAAAACUAAGCUGAUCACAGAAAUUUGCAUGAGAAUCUUGUAAUGUAAAAACCAAACUGAACUGAAAACGUGUAGUUUUGCUUCUACUGGAAUAAAUAUGAUGAUGAAACUUUUAUACUUCCUCUGUCUUGUAUUGUAGAGUCAUAAAACUAAAAUCAUUUUAUAAUUUCAGAAACUGAUUAACCUUAUAUGAUAUUCUUUUUUAUUUUUUUAUUAAUUGAAAUAUAAUUAUGUGUAUAUGUAUUAUUAUUUUUAAUCUAUGUGGAUAAACCUAAAACGACACUUAAACCGAAAUAGAUGGAGUAAUGACUAUCAGCCCGAAUUAGGUGCAAUCGAACCUAAUAUACACCUUAAUUUAUUUUAAAAUCUAAUUGGAACAUGGAGGUAUGGAGGAGCUUAGUAGCCGUGGGUUCCAGCAGGUACGCUUGGAAUCAGACUGUCAACAGCUGGUACACAUCAUCAACUUCUCUAAGAAGUGGCCAGCACUUGAUCCAGAGCUUGAUGCCAUUGAGGCACUGAGAACUUCUUUUAUUUCCUUUUCGCUGAGUUUUAUACCUCGUUCUUUGAACUUCCGUGCGGAUGCUCUUGCAAAAGAGGCCCGAUCACGUGAUUUACACUACAUGUUGGUUGACAGUAUGGUCUCUAUUCCGCUAGCUCACGAGGCUAGUACGAUAGGACCGGUUUAAGUUUGAAAUAAAGCUUUUGAUGACAAAAAAAAAAAUCUAAUUGGAACAAAACAAAAAACAUUUUCAUGUGAAAUAGAUAAAAAAAAAAAUUCAUGUUAUCAGAACGAAGGUUCUAAUAUUUUGGGGUGUUUUAACUCUUUCAACGAACUAAAAUUUCAGCCAGAAACCUCCAUCCUCUCUCUUGACACUUAAAAAGAACCCACCGGUUAAUUCUCUCUCUCUCUCUCUCUCUCUCUCACUCCACCACAAAUAGAGCAACAUCUUGUUUUCAGGAUUGCUUGAAAAUUGGAGAAUUUUUAAAGGUUAUAAACCAAGAAGAGAGAAAGAGAGAGAGGAGGUAACAAUAAGGAUUUGAGAGAAGAAGAAGAAGAAGAAUGGCUACUUUAUCAGCUUGGCCUUGGGGAAACUAUGGAAAUCUAAAGUAUCUUCUAUACGCUCCGUUAGCUGCACAAGUAGUGUAUUCGUUAGCAUACGAAGAAGAUUACUCGAGGGCUUUUUGGUGUCUCAAUGUCCUCAUUAUCUGUGGACUCAAAGGACUCGUUCAUGUCCUUUGGAGCACGUACAACAACAUGCUUUUCUUGACUCGCACACUUAGGAUUAACCCUAAAGGUGUUGACUUCAAACAGAUUGAUCACGAAUGGGACUGGGACAAUUACAUACUUCUUCAAGCAAUACUAGCUAGCAUGAUCUGUUACAUGUCUACACCAUCGAUGCUGAUUAUCAGUACUAUUCCUCUGUGGAACAUGAAAGGACUCAUUGUAUCGCUUGUGCUACACGUUACCUUCUCAGAGCCUUUAUACUACUUUCUUCAUAGAUCUGUUCAUCGUAACAACUACCUCUUCACGCGUUACCACUCUUUCCACCACUCAUCUCCUGUUCCAAAUCCCAUGACUGCUAAUAAUGCGACGUUGUUGGAAAGCCUUAUCCUCUUUGUGGUAGCUGGAGUUCCUUUGAUUGGAUCUUUCUUGUUAGGUGUUGGAUCAAUAAGCUUGAUCUACGGCUACGCUAUCACGUUUGACUUCCUAAGAUGUUUAGGACAUUGUAACGUUGAGAUCUUCUCUCACAAGGUGUUCGAGACUCUUCCAAUCCUACGAUAUCUCAUCUACACUCCAACGUACCACAGUCUGCAUCAUCAAAACAUGGAGACCAACUUUUGUCUGUUCAUGCCUAUCUUUGAUGUUUUAGGCAGCACACUAAACCCAAACUCGUGGGAACUCCAGAGAAAAAUUCGUAUAGCUGCAGGGGAACCGAAGAGAGAGCCAGAGUUUGUGUUCUUGGCUCAUGGGGUAGACGUUAUGUCAGCGAUGCACGCGCCGUUCCUGUUUAGAUCGUUUGCUUCAAUGCCAUACACGACCAGGUUCUUCUUGCUGCUGAUGUGGCCAGGGACGUUCAUGGUAAUGUUGGUCGCGUGGCUUUGGUCAAAGGCAUUUCUUUGCAGCUUCUAUACCCUCAGGAACCAUCUUUGCCAGACUUGGCUCGUUCCAAGACUUGGCUUCCAAUACUUCUUACCGUUUGCUAAACAAGGCAUUAAUAAUCUUAUCGAAGAUGCGAUUCUGAGAGCUGAUAAGCUUGGUGUUAAAGUUAUAAGCUUGGCUGCACUCAACAAGAACGAAGCUUUAAAUGGUGGUGGAACGUUGUUUGUUAACAAGCACCCUGACCUUAGGGUUCGUGUGGUCCACGGCAACACUUUAACCGCAGCAGUGAUUCUCAAUGAAAUUCCGAAAGAUGUGAAAGAGGUGUUCUUGACAGGAGCCACUUCUAAGUUAGGACGAGCCAUCGCUCUUUACCUCUGUCGUCGGGGAGUGAGAGUUCUCAUGUUGACGUUAUCGACGGAGAGGUUCCAAAAGAUUCAGAAAGAAGCUCCUGCUGAGUUCCAGAACUACCUCGUACAAGUGACCAAGUACAACGCUGCUCAACACUGCAAGUCUUGGAUCGUUGGGAAAUGGUUGACGCCGAGGGAGCAGAGCUGGGCUCCUGAAGGAACGCAUUUCCACCAGUUUGUGGUGCCACCAAUCCUAAACUUUAGAAGGAAAUGUACGUAUGGUGAUCUAGCAGCAAUGAGGCUCCCUAAAGAUGUUCAAGGUGUCGGAACCUGCGAGUACACGAUGGAGAGAGGGGUGGUCCAUGCGUGCCAUGCUGGAGGAUUGGUUCAUAUGUUGGAAGGUUGGGAACAUCAUGAAGUUGGAGCGAUUGAUGUUGACCGUAUUGAUAUUGUGUGGGAAGCAGCCAUGAGAAACGGCCUUAGCUCUGUUUCUUCACUCAGUGAGUGAGUGUGAGAGACCCUCAUGAUUGUUGUCUCAGAUUCUUCUAAGAUUGGCCAUUCUUUGUACAGAUGAAGGAUGCAAGCAGGGAAAAAAGUAUUAGAAUUUCACCUUAAGUUAUUGUUUCACCUUUGAUUAAAGAUACCUAAUUUGCAUUAGCAUAUGAAUGUUGUACUAAACAGAGUAAAAUUAAUUAUCACUGCAUACAGUUAGCAUUUAUUUGCUGUAAGAAUUUUAGUUUCAGGCCAAAAUGA